AUGAUCGAUUUCAUGGACUACGUGGUUCAAGCGUUUGGAACCGCAACCGACUGGAAUCCCGACAACAGCUACUCCUCGCUGACCGCGACAUCGGAUGCAUUACUGUCCUUCCAGACUCCCACGACUCUGGCGCUGCACGUGUCAUCCCUCAGCACACCGAACUUUGCGAGCUCAUACACUCUGUCGACAUUAGGGCAGAUCGAUGGCUCAAUAUCAUACCUUUACUCGACCGUUCCGCUUAGCCACAUCCCUUCGCAAGCACCGAGCAUUCCGCUGAGAUAUCUGGUCCGAGGAUAUCGGGACAUCAGACUCCCGAUCGCACUGGAUGAGCUGGAACGAAGGGCUGGUGCCAGAAGAGAGAGCGAGGAUGAACGAACACGGAAACCUACCUUACUACACGCAACACUUGCCCUGCCGCCGCCGUCGGUUCUCACAGCACUCUAUGCGCGGCGUGUCAGUCCCGAGACUCUCCUUUCGCUAUCUCUGUACAGCAAGUCAGGGUCGACAUCCGUGCUGAACUCGGGGCCUCCGCCGGCCGCGGUUCUCGCUCACAUCCAGCGCGAUACAGGCCGCUACUCGAUCGAGGGGCUCGGGUCCACGGACAAUGCGCUUCUGGGGGUCCGGGGACUAUGGAAUUUCGGGCUGUCACCACAAGUCGACGACAAUGGACCAUCGAUACCGAUCAUUUCACCAGAGACCGAUCCACUCGGCGAGUUCACCGAGUUCCCAUCAGGGCUCCCGCUCCCGCCGUACACCAAUACCCAAGCCGUGUACCGCGACCGACUUGCAACUAAACCCUCUCUACUCUCCGCAGGGGCCGAGUUCUACUACAGUCCCUUUUCUCAUGUCAUAGGAAUGUCCACCGGCCUCCGAUUUACCACACUGGCGCCGCACAUCACGCCCUCUCAAUCCCCGACACCGCGUCCGACGUUGGACUCUGUAUUCCGAGGCAAGCCUCUGGCUGGAACCUCUGCAUCGUUGCUGUCCACUGCGGGCCACAGCCUCCUGACGCCCUCCAACAUAUCUCACUCAUCGUUUCCCUACACGAUGACUCUGACGCUGACGCCACUGACCGGCGCAAUUUCCUCGACCUAUUCGGUGCGGCCUACACCCAUGCUCGCUCUAUCAUCGCAAUUCGACUUCAACUUCUACUCCUGGGAGUCCCGAUAUGUGCUUGGCGGCGAACUAUGGCGGCCUUCUCGUCGUGAUUCCAAUUCUCGCGCCGUUUCCGCCGAACCCUGGGAUACCAACACCACCAAUACCGGUGCAGAUGGGCUUUCCUGGGUCCGAACCAAGACCAAGGACUGGUUCAGCCCAGCCGAGCAAGCUCUCAAAGACGAGCGCACGGAGCGCGAGGAAGAGAACGUCCUGAAAUUCCGCGUCGACGAUUCCUGGAACGUCAAAGCCCUCUGGACCGGACGAGUCAAGAGCCUGCUCGUCUCCGCAGGCGUCAGUGUAAGCCCUGUCACCAAAUACGCUGUGAGUUCGACCACUGCGAUGAAUGGCGUCGUCUCCAGAUCCAGCAUGGAUGGCGAUCUCGGGCCGAGCGUGAAACGCUGGACUGGUUCCGUGGGUGUAAGCAUUGCCUACUCCACUUGA